GGUUUGGCUCGACCAAUCACGGGGCGCCUCUCACUCAGCUGAUUCAGAUUGUUCACUUCUCGUGCGCGAUUCAGUCUGCAGGUAAAUAGUAAAGAGUCGCGUGCUUGUUCAGUUAAAAGUUGUCUCGCUGUCAGAGUCAGAGACAUACGUGGUCACACCUGGACCUCAGUCACCUGUGUGAAGUCCGGACAGUCUGUCUCACCUGUUGGUCCCUGCUCCUUCAUCAUGGCCACGCGGGUUCGACCGAGCAGUAAACGGUGCGCAGUGAUCGGGGGGUCUGGCUUCCUGGGCAGACACUUGGUGGAGAAGUUGCUGGACCGAGGUUACUCCGUCUCUGUGUUCGACAUCCGUCAGAGCUACGAGCUGCCUGGUGUCACCUUCCACCAGGGAGACCUGUGCGACAAACAGGCUCUGCUGCCAGCUCUGAAGGACGUGUCCCUGGUCUUUCACUGCGCCUCCCCGGCCCCUGCCAGCGACGACCGCGGGCUGUUUGAGAGGGUCAACAUUCAGGGCACACGCACGGUUAUUCAGGCGUGCAUCGAGGCUGGAGUACAGAAAAUGGUCCUGACAAGCAGUGCCAGUGUGGUGUUUGAAGGGACAGACAUUAAGAACGGGAGGGAGGACCUGCCAUACGCCAAGAAGCCCAUCGACUAUUACACAGAAACCAAGAUUGAGCAGGAAAAGCUGGUCCUCGAGGCUUGUGACAAGGAGAAGGGUUUCCUCACAGUUGCCAUCCGGCCUCACGGCAUCUUCGGCCCUCGGGACCCGCAGCUGGUUCCAAUCCUGGUGGACACGGCUCGCAGGGGCAAGAUGAAGUUCAUCAUCGGUGAUGGGACCAACCUGGUGGAUUUCACCUUUGUGGAGAACGUAGUUCAUGGCCACAUCCUGGCUGCUGAACGCCUGAGGCCAGACUCCCCCGCAUGUGGAAAACCCUACCACAUCACCAAUGAUGAGCCAAUAAAAUUCUGGGACUUCAUGUCUGAGGUGUUGGUGGGCCUCGGGUACGCCGCCCCCCGCUAUCACCUCCCCUACGCUCUCGUGUACGGACUGGCCCUGCUCCUCUGGCUGCUGGCUCUCAUCCUGCGCCCUCUAGUUUCCUUUAAACCCACCUUCACACCAAUGAGAGUGGCCCUGGCCGGAACCCACCACUACUACAGCUGCGACCGCGCCAAGGAGGACCUGGGCUACAAACCGGUGGUCGGUCUGAAGGAGGGGAUAGAGCGCACGGUGCAGAGCUACCCUCAUCUCAGACAGGGGGCUUGAUGUCGGAAUGGAGGCGGAGACUGUUGAGACGUGUGAGCCUGUGGCCAUAAGGUGAUCAGGUUUUACUAAAAGGACAAGACAGCUAAUCAAACUCCCACAUUCGUGCCUUUUUAUGUACCAUUGUCACCAGCAGAUGGCAGCAGAGGGUCUUGGGUUCAGUCAACACACUGCAGUCUGAUACUAUGAAUGUUUCAAAGCACUUGGUGCAUUUCGAAAGCACGGCAAAUAUACUGUUUACACAGCAGAGACGUACAGAGAUUCUUGUUCCAUUGUACACACAUUGAGAUGCUUCUUGCUUGUGUCAAAACACCUUAAUACAUUCCACCAACAGAUUAUUCUCCUGAAGCUACCUGCAUGAAAAUGAUGUUUAAAAAGAUGGUCUGGCUUCACAUUAUGUGGUCAAACAUAUGUGGACAGGGUUGUGUAUAGCAUGGGCAUUUUUAUUUUGUUUGAAGUAAGCGUCUUAGUUUGAAUUAAGGGCAACCUUGGUCCUACAGCAUAUGGUGAUACUUGAGACAAUAGUGUGCUUUGACUUGUGCCAGCAGUUUGGGAUCGGCCCUGUUUUGUUUCAACAGAACAAUACCUCUGUGCCCAGCACCAUUUGCAUAAAACAUGUUUUUUUUUUUCUGGCCUUCUUUCUGGCCUGCACAAAGAACCGACCUCAUCCCUAUCCAUCAUCUUAACAAUGAAGUAAAAUGGUGACUGUGAGGCAGACCCUUUCAUUUGAAAGUCUGUCCUAAUACUAUACAUACCCACAUGUUCACUGAAACUGUCGGGUGCUGCUGUCUUUGUUCCCUCCUGUCCACACUCACCAUGAACGGUCAUGACGUGACUCAGAUUUAAGAAAUGGGGGGGAUGAGUCCACAGUAUUUGUUGGACAUGGCUUGCAUUUCAAGUUUAGCCAAAGCUAAUGUGAGGCUUUAGCAGUCUGAGAUCAACAAAUAUAGUGUGUUUUUUCUUUUUUGAAACCAUCCUUCCAUCAUAGCCAAGCAAGGAAACAGUGUGUGGAUGGAAACAAAACAAGGGAAUUUAGCACUGAAAGCACUGAAACUUUGGAAGUUACCCUCUAAAUAUGACUAAAUCAGACUGCCGAGGUCUAUUAUGCAAGGAUGAACUUAAAAAGAAUACAUUUGACCCAGAACAAGGACUGUCUCUUACACUGGUACUGCUUUAGGAUAGGAUCUCUUCAUGACCAAUUUGUACAGGGGGGAUGAUUAAAGCUGUCAGUAACUAUUUUAAUCUACAGAUGGACAUGCAGCUGAUGUUUUGAGAUGGAUUUAACAAAGUUUUCCAAUUCUUUGAAAUGCUUAACGGUCAAACAUGAGACUGAACGUUUGGUGUUUACAUACUUUUGACCACAUGAUGUGCUUCCAUAUAUAGAUCAUUUACACAAAUUUAACUUGUUCAAAAUGCACUUUGUUCAACCUCGCUUCCAAAAAAGUUGGGACGAUGUAUAAAACAUGAAUAAAAACUGGAUGGACAACA